AAGGAUUUCUCUCGGGCUAGCUCGUCGCCGUACCCCACUGCUGCUUGCGGAAGCCACCGCAUCUCUCCGCCAUAGCUUGCCCACACGUGUGCGAGCAACCGUAGCUCCCCUGCUGAAGGCCCAUGCCUUGCUGAUGCCUGCGCGAGCCACUGUGGUUCGUCGCCGGUGCUCGUCCAUGUCUGUAGGCGCCGGCGCAGCUCGUCCUCGCCUCGCGGAUACCUACACAAGCCACCGCAGCCUGCCGCGGGUUCUCCCCCACGCCCGUGCGCGACAGCGCAGCUCUCCGCGGGUCCUGAGUAAGUGGCUUAAUGGCAGCAACGGCCGGAGGAGGAGAUGGAUGCGUGUGCAGGUCCUGAAGGUGUUGAAUGCAAGCAACAUUGAUGACUUCCGGGUAGAACCAGGGUGGCUUCCUGGCGUCGCCGAGAGUAGCUCUGCCAUUGAGUCGCUGGAUCUACUUGCAAGUAGUGGAGCGCCCUAACUCAUUCAGAUCCGUAAGCAUCCUUUGUUUCCUUCUUUUUGGUUGUUUGAAUCGUUUGAUUCCACUUUGUUUUCAGUGCAAAGAAUAACUACCACCAGUUAGAUCGACCUGUGAUGAUAAUAUAUGUGAUUAAUUUAUGUUUGUCA